GCAUUUAGUGAUCCAUUCUCUGCAACUAUCGUAGCAUACUGAAAUCUUGAUUCGCAUUAAUUGAGAAAUGAUAGUAAAAUAUUUCGGUGCCGGUUAAUAUUUUGUAUGAAAUUAUAUAAUAAGUAAUAUAUUAACUUAUUUUCGUGUUGAUUAAGAUAAACUUGGUCAAUAUCCUUUGAAAACAUGGUUCUUAUGCCAAGAGAGUCAGGUAAAUUAAUAGCAAAAUUGUCUAAAAAUGUUUUUAUUGAAGAAGAAGGCAUCAAGAGCCUUGCAUGUGAGGUCUUGGAAGGUCUAAAAGAUCGAACGAUAUCAAUAGACAAUUUUUCGCAAUCAGAAUUUCAUCCAAAUCCAGGCCAUGCCAAAGCUAUAGACUGGAUAUUUGUGUUGGAUACAUUAAAUUUCUGUUUCUGGAGUUCUAAAAGUAAUAAUAAAUGGAAAGUUAAUGGACAUACUGGGUAUUUUGCAUUAUGUGCAGCUAUUAAGAGAGCAGUUGAUGAAGGCAUUCCAAUAAUUGAUCCGACUUAUUAUGUUAAUAUAAAAAAAGAUGUGCUUGGAAGAAUAUUAAGAGCUGACUCUGGCGCAGAACCUGUUCCUUUAUUAGAUGAACGUGUUCAAAAUCUUCAACAAGUGGGUAAAAUUCUUGUCGAUAAGUAUAAUGGUACAUUCAUGGAAUGUGUUAAAGCAGCACAACAUUCGGCUGACAAAUUAUUGAAGCUUAUCGUCAAUGAAUUUGAAUGUUUUCGAGACGAAGCAGACUUUUACGGUCACCGAGUAUCAUUUUACAAACGAGCUCAAAUCUUGAUUGGUGAUAUAUGGGCUUGCUACAGAGGAAAAGAUCUGGGAGAAUUUAAUGACAUAGAUUUAAUUACAAUGUUUGCUGAUUAUAGAGUACCGCAAGUGCUGAUGCACUAUGGUGCAAUGAGAUAUAGUAAUCCUCUUCUUAGCACACUUCAAACAGGUACCGAGUUGGCAGCAGGAAGUGUGGAAGAAAUUGAAAUUCGUGGUUGCUCAAUAGAAGUUGUUGAACGAGUGGUUGAUAGAGUGAGAAAUUUGAUCAAGCAAUAUCCCAAUUUAAAUAUCAAUCCAUUUAGCUGUAAUUCAAUAAUCGUUGACCACUUUCUGUGGGACUAUAGACGAAAAAAUGCAGAAAAACUGGAAAGUUUACCAUUCCAUAAAGUUCGAACAAUUUACUAUUGAUUUAUUAUGAUAUUAAUAUCACUAUAAUUAUACAAAUUAUUCGACUAUUUUUAUCUAAAUACUCAAUAUGAAUUUGAUGGAUUUUCUAAUUCAACUUUGUACGAAUUCGUACGAAUUCAAAUUCGUAAAUUUCAAGGGGCCAUAUUCCUUUAAAUAUAAUGAUUGUUUAAUACUUGUAACAAAUUCAAUUAUAAAGAUGUUUAUAACAAAUGUUAUUAUGUAUGAAUAUAUUAGAGAAAUCUUUAUUUGAUAUACAAUUAUCGUGUCACUACGUACACAACACAAAAAAUAACAAAUUAUUCCAAUAGUUUAACAAA